AUGGAACAGCUCAACCACACAACUGUGAGGUCAUUCAUCCUUCUUGGUCUGUCCACCAUCCCCCAUCUUCAGGCAAUCUACUUCCUGCUAUUCUUCAUUAUAUAUAUAAUCACACUGUCAGGAAAUGUCCUAUUAAUUGUGGUGGUAAGACUCAACAGCUGCCUGCACACCCCUAUGUACUUCUUCCUCACUAACCUCUCAUUCAUUGACAUCUGUUUCUCCUCCACCAUCGUGCCAAAACUUCUCGUGAAUACACUGUGUCAAGACAAAAGCAUUUCCUUCAUAGGAUGCGCCUCCCAGAUGUAUUUUUCCUUGGCGUUGGGAGCUACGGAAUGUAUAACACUGUCAAUGAUGGCAUACGACAGAUAUGUGGCCAUCUGCAACCCCUUACGAUAUCAGAUCAUCAUGAAUAAGAAGCUAUGUGUAUGUAUGACUGCUUUUUCCUGGAUUGUGAGCUUUCUAAAUGCCAUCAUCCAUGCUGCCUUAACCUUCCAGUUGCCCUACUGCAAAUCCCACCACGUCAGCCACUUCUUCUGUGAGAUGCCACCACUCUUUAAGCUUUCCUGCCAAGACACCUUCUUUAACGAGGUGGCCGUGUACAUCUCAGGAGGAAUAAUUGCACUUUGCUCCUUUUUAUUGACUACAGUUUCGUAUUUUCGCAUCAUCACCACCAUCUUGAAGAUCCGUUCCACCAAUGGGAGGUACAAGGCAUUCUCUACCUGUGCUUCACACCUAAGUGUGGUUUCUCUUUACUACGGAACCAUUAUGUUCAUGUACUUACGUCCCCGGAACAGUUACUCACCGGAUCGGGACCGAGCCAUCGCUAUACUCUACACAGUGGUGACUCCAAUGUUAAAUCCUAUCAUCUACAGUAUAAGAAAUAAGGAUGUCAAAGGAACCAUAAAGCAAAAGUUCUCAAGGAUAGUGAAUAAGUGA